GAAUCCGUGCCGUUAGGAAGUAAUAUUCCGGUACGGCAAUGCUUAUAUAACAAACGCCUCUAACCUUCAAACCCUUCCACAACCACAAACCCUCUCUCUCUCUCUCUCUUCCCUCCUUCCUUCUCGUCAAAGCAGUCAAAACUCGUUUCUGUAUUCUCUGUCAGGUUUUCUGUUACGUUUCUUGUUUCUGAAACUCCCCAGUUUCGGUUCAGCUGAGUUUGUUUGUAGUUUUUUAUGUCACCAACUCGGAAUUUGUUUUCGCAUGAGGUCGCGGAUCUGUGCAUCGGGAAGCCGGCGCUGAAGUCGCUGUCGGUCGCCGCCACGGUAGGCGAGGCAUUGUCGGCGCUGAAGAGGCUCGGCGAGACCUUCCUCAGCGUGUGGAGCUGCAACCAUUCCGAGAAGAACGACGUCGUUGCGGAGGAGGAGUGCCGGUGCGUCGGGAAGGUUUGCAUGCUCGAUGUGAUCGUUUAUUUGGGGAAAGAAGAGAACCUGUCGUCUCCGGCCAAAGCGCUCGAGGCUCCGAUCGAGGUUUUGAUUCGCAGGGAACCUGCGAUCUGCCUUGUUAGGCAUUUGGAACCACACGCCAGCUUGGUGGAGGCUAUAGAUUUGAUUCUGGAAGGUGCACAGAAUCUUGUGAUACCACUCGAAAGCGGGAGGAACACAGGCUCGAGAAAACAGCUUCUCCACAGUAACUCCUUCAACGCGACUCUCCACAACAACAGGGAAUACUGCUGGCUCAACCAAGAAGAUGUUAUCCGCUACCUACUGAACUCGAUUGGCGUCUUUAGCCACAUAUCAAACAACCCCAUCAACACCCUCCAGAUCAUUGACUCGAAAAACAUGCUUGCGGUCCAUUAUGAUGACCCUGCCUCAGCGGCAUUACCUCUCAUUUCUCAGUCCCUAGUUCAGCAAACUUCGGUUGCUAUUCUUGAUGGGGAAGGCAGGGUGAUCGGGGAGAUCUCGCCUUAUACCCUCAACACCUGCCAUGAGUCUGUGGCAGCUGCCAUUGCGACACUUUCUGCUGGGGAACUGAUGGCGUACAUUGACUGUGGUGGUCCGACGGAUGACCUAGUGCAGAUGGUGAAAGACAGGUUGCAGGAGAAGAAGUAUGAGGGGUUCUUGGAGUUGAUGGAAGAAGACUUCACAUUGUCGUCUUCUUCUUCCAUCUGUUCAACUUCUUCGGACGAAGAGUUUGGCCAGGGAAGGAGUUGGAGGUUAGGCGGGUACUCAGCAAGGCUGGUGAGGAGGUCAGAGGCGAUCGUGUGCUAUCCAUGGAGCUCAUUGGUGGCAGUGAUGGUUCAGGCUCUUUCUCAUCGGGUGAGUUAUGUGUGGGUUGCUGAUGAGGAUGAAACUUUGUCUGGUAUUGUUACCUUUGCAAGCAUGUUCAAAGUUUUCCGGGACCGUUUGAGGUUCAUGGGAUACGCCUGAAGGGAAAACUUGUAGUGACUGCUGUUAUGGUGCAUUAUUUCCUUUGGGGAUAUUUUUGUACACAUUUCUUUGGAAAAUGGAAACUAACUUCUAUUUUUCAGAUUUCUAUACACCUUAUUUUUACUUAUUCUA